AUGGAUGAAACUGCAGAGUUAAUGGGUGAAGAGUCUCAAGCUACCAUUGAUCAGAGAGACGCUUCUGCGAUUUACAUUCCCCCUAUUGGUUGCGAAGAUGAACGCUUUCAACAGUAUCAGUACAAUCAAUAUCCACCUAGGAAUUAUGAAAGACCCGAAGAACCUGCAAGACCUUGUGCUGGCUGCGAAGGAAGCGGAUGCAAAUGUAUAGGUGAAAAGGGAUCAAGGGGUGUUCCGGGACCACCUGGACCUCCUGGCGUACCUGGAAAAAGAGGAUUCGAAGGCCCAGAAGGUUUGCCUGGUGAAAAAGGUGAAAAAGGAAGCCAUGGCGUUUCUGGACCGAGAGGGCCAAAGGGUGACAGGGGUAAAAUGGGAGUUCCUGGCUUUCCCGGAGUGAAUGGCAUUCCUGGACUUCCUGGAAAUAUGGGUCCUAGGGGUCCACCAGGCUUAGACGGAUGCAAUGGAACUAAGGGUGAACCUGGAGCGGAUGGUUAUCCUGGGGAUCCUGGACCUCGUGGUUUUCCUGGACCACCUGGUGUAAAAGGUGAAAAGGGAGAACCUGCUAUUGGACCACCUGGUAUAAAAGGACAGAAAGGUGAGCUCGGUAGAGACGGAGCACCUGGUACGCCGGGACCACCUGGAGCAGAUGGAAAGCCGGGCCCCAAGGGAGAUCCGGGACCUCCAGGAGUUCCGGGCCCGAAAGGAACUCGAGGAUCACCGGGAGAAAAGGGAAAUAUGGGCGUCGGUUUCCAAGGAUUAAAAGGAGAACCAGGAGAUCGUGGUUUGAUUGGCCCACCAGGACCGCCUGGAGCUUGCGAUGGCUACUUCUUGGAAAAGAAAGGAGUUACAGUUGGCUUACCUGGUCCGCGAGGGGAAAAAGGUCAAAAGGGAGAAUCCGGAGAAAGAGGAGACAGAGGAUUCGAUGGCAUAGCUGGUGUGAUGGGUCCUCCUGGAGACAUUGGAAUGAAAGGUGAAAAAGGACUUCCUGGGUAUCCUGGACCUAGAGGUAAAGAUGGCUUUCCUGGACCGCCCGGUGUAUUAGGAUUUAAGGGUGAUCGCGGAGAUGAUGGACUUCCUGGCUUAGAUGGUUUUCCUGGAAUAAAGGGAGAAAGCGGAAUACCAGGAUCACCUGGACCACGAGGUUUACCAGGACCACCAGGACCUCCAGGCGGUAUAGAAGGAAGAGCGGGACCACCAGGACCACAAGGACCUCCUGGUAUUACAGGUCCACAAGGGUACCCAGGAACGGAUGGAACACCAGGUGAAAUUGGUCCAAGAGGUCCACAAGGUCCUCCUGGAGGACCAGGACUCCCUGGAUUACCUGGAAGAGAAGGUCCACCUGGCUUCAAAGGUGAAAAGGGUGAUACUGGUUUAGCUGGACUUGAAGGUUUGCCCGGCGCUAAUGGUUUACCUGGAGCACCAGGGCCUAAAGGUGAGCCUGGGCCGAAAGGAAGUCCAGGACUAUCUAUUCAAGGUCCAAAAGGUUUGGAUGGCAGCCCUGGUCUUGAUGGAUUGCCCGGUCAGAAAGGAGAGCUCGGACCUAAAGGAGAGCGAGGUGCUCCCGGUGAUACAGUAGAAGGCAUUCCAGGUCUGCCAGGUGCACCCGGCCCAAAAGGUGAAAGAGGAUUUACAGGAAUUCCAGGACGACCAGGUUUACCUGGAGUACCAGGAAUAAAAGGUGAGACUGGUGGAAGUUGCUUUGCUUGCGCUCCAGGCACAAAAGGAGAAAAAGGAGAAAGAGGUCUUGAUGGGUUGCCAGGUUUGCAAGGUCUAAGAGGAGAAGUUGGACAACCAGGAUUUCCAGGAGCGAAAGGCGAUGAUGGACCCCAAGGCUUUCCAGGAUUACCCGGAGAUGAAGGUUCCCCUGGUAUUCCAGGACGUGAUGGAGAAAAAGGAGCCCCAGGACCCCCAGCGGUUAUUCCUCCUGAUCUGCUAGUAGGCGAUAAAGGUGACAAAGGCGAGCCGGGUCCGCGAGGACUGCCUGGUUUUCCCGGCCGUGAUGGUUUACCAGGUUCUCCCGGUCUGCCGGGUCCUCCAGGACCACCAGGUUUGAUCGGUGACAAGGGUGCUCCAGGUUUCCCUGGUGCUGCAGGACGACCUGGAUUGAUAGGUUUGCCUGGACCUACAGGACAGAAAGGGGACAGAGGUAUUGGAUUUCCUGGACCGCCAGGUGAAAGGGGAGAUCGAGGAGAGCCUGGAUUUCCUGGUUUGAUUGGUCUUCCUGGAGAAAAGGGAGAUCCAGGGCAGCUGCCACCUCCAGAAGAGUUAAAAUUACCACCCGGUCCCAGAGGGCCUCCAGGACCACCCGGUUUUCCAGGAAUUGAUGGCUUGCAAGGUAUCAGAGGAUUACCAGGAACACCAGGGCUUGAUGGACUUCCAGGAGCAAAAGGUGAUCCAGGAGAAAAUGGACUACCAGGUCCACCUGGCCCGAGAGGUUUACCUGGUCCGAGGGGAGACAAAGGUAGCACUGGACCCAUGGGAUUUCCCGGAGAAGCUGGACCAAGUGGAGAUGAAGGAUUACCUGGUUUUCCAGGCGCAAAAGGUGAAAAAGGUGAUCAAGGUUCACCUGGAAUAGGAAGACCCGGCCCUCCUGGUCUUCCAGGAUUACCUGGACAGAAAGGUGAUCCAGGAUUUACAGGACCUCCUGGCUUGCAAGGUGAACGUGGCUUACCCGGAUUUCCUGGCGUGAAAGGAGAAGUUGGCAAUCCAGGUUUACCCGGUUUUCCAGGCGGUAAAGGUGCAAAAGGCGAACCAGCUCGAGAAGGAUUACCAGGACCUCCAGGUGAACCAGGGCUACCAGGACGUAGUGGAUUACCAGGCCCUCCCGGAGCAAAAGGAGAUCCUGGACUUCCAGGAUUUGCAGGACUAUCUGGCGAAAAAGGUGAUCCAGGCAUACCAGGCUUGCCUGGUUUGCCUGGUUUUGAUGGCACGCCGGGUACCCCCGGACCACCAGGACGAGAGGGAUUAGAUGGUCUACCUGGCAUACAAGGUGCAAAAGGAGAAAGAGGCAUAGCAGGUUUUCCUGGUUCCCCAGGACCACCAGGCUUAGAUGGUUUACCGGGUGUAGCUGGAGAGAAAGGUAACAGAGGAGUGCCUGGAUUACCAGGACCAGAUGGCUUUCCUGGAACUCCCGGCCUAAAAGGUGAACCGGGUCUUCCAGGGUUUCCUGGAGUUAAAGGUCAACCUGGAGAUGCAGCAGCUAAAGGAGAAAAAGGAGAGCCAGGGCUACCAGGCUUAGUUGGCUUCCCUGGUAAUCCUGGACCACCUGGACUUGAUGGCUUACCUGGAACGAAAGGUGAUGCUGGUCUACCUGGAAGAGGUUUGCCUGGUCUACCAGGUCCACCUGGAGAGAGAGGUCCUGAAGGAGCACCCGGUGUGUCAGGACUACCUGGACUGCAAGGAGCAGAAGGAUUGCCAGGAUUUGCUGGAAGUAAAGGAGAAGCUGGAUUACCUGGUCUCCCAGGUUUCCCUGGCCCUCGUGGAUUACCAGGACAACCUGGUCUGCCAGGAUUUAAAGGUGAACCCGGAUUUCCUGGAGUACCAGGCUUGAAAGGAGAAAUAGGUGAGCCAGGACUUCCUGGUUUCCCUGGCCCGAAAGGUGAACGAGGAGAUGGUGGUCCACCUGGAUUACCCGGUUUGGAUGGAUUUAAAGGCGAGAAAGGCGAAAGCGGAUACCCAGGUCCCCCAGGCGACAGAGCAGAUAAAGGUGAAAAAGGAGAACCGGGUCUACCAGGAGUUCCAGGCCUACCAGGCGCUAAAGGUGCAAGAGGUUUUGCUGGCACACCCGGAGUACCAGGCGUAAAAGGAGAACGUGGAUUACCAGGAUUGGAAGGACUUCCGGGUCCUGAAGGAUUACGAGGACCACCAGGCGAACCUGGUCCACCCGGUGUUGUAGGACCUCCAGGGAGACCUGGUAUAGGUUUUAAAGGUGAACCUGGACUUCCUGGAAAACCUGGACUUGAUGGAUUCCCGGGAGCACCUGGACUAAAAGGUGAACCUGGAUUCCCUGGAUUGCCUGGUGACCGCGGAUCACCAGGUGAUGAAGGAUCGCCUGGUUUACCAGGACUUAAAGGUGAGAGAGGAGAGCCAGGUUUCCCAGGUGCUUCAGGUAGAGAUGGACUUCCAGGAAUAAAGGGUGAACGUGGACUUCCAGGAUUUCCAGGAGCUAAAGGAGAGAGGGGAUUACCUGGUUUCGAUGGACCGCCAGGACUAAGAGGACCAUCUGGUCCACCAGGACGUGAAGGCUUUCCGGGUCUGUCUGGUUUACCGGGACCAAAGGGAGAUGCUGGUUUACCUGGACCACCUGGUUUCCCUGGGCCUAAGGGAGAUGAUGGUCGACCUGGACCACCUGGUUUAGAGGGAGCACGAGGUGAGCCUGGUCUGCCAGGUUUGAAAGGAGAGAAAGGAACAUCACCGCCACUGAAUCUUUUGAGAGGACCGAAGGGAGAACAAGGAGACCAAGGACCAAAAGGCGAACCAGGGCCUCCUGGCCCUAGAGGACUUGAAGGACCACCUGGAUUUAAUGGGCUGAAAGGUGAAUCAGGAAUUCCAGGUCAACCUGGAAUACCUGGGCUUCCAGGACCUAUUGGAUUAAAGGGAGAUCGGGGUGUACCAGGACUACCAGGACCCCCAGGUGCACCUGGAGUGAGAGGACCACCCGGACCCGCAGGUCUACCAGGCAUACCAGGGGGCGAUUACCUGAUGGGAAUUUUGCUUGUGAAACAUAGCCAGUCCAACUUUGUGCCGACAUGUCCUCAAGGCAUGCAAAAACUUUGGGACGGUUACAGUUUGCUGUACAUAGAAGGAAAUGAAAAAUCUCAUAAUCAAGAUUUAGGUUUUGCUGGUUCUUGUUUGCGAAGAUUUAGUACAAUGCCAUUCUUAUUCUGUGACUUUAAUAGUGUUUGUAAUUAUGCCAGUAGAAAUGAUAAAUCAUAUUGGUUGUCGACAAAUGCCCCCAUUCCCAUGAUGCCUGUCGGCGAAUCUGUCAUUCAAGAGUAUAUUAGUAGAUGUUCAGUAUGUGAAGCACCAGCCAAUGCAAUUGCAGUACACAGUCAGUCUCUGAACAUACCCGAGUGUCCAUCAGGAUGGAAUAUGUUGUGGAUAGGUUAUAGUUUUGCAAUGCACACCGCCGCUGGAGCAGAAGGCGGAGGCCAGUCUCUUUCAAGUCCUGGUAGUUGUCUGGAAGAUUUCCGCGCCACACCUUUCAUCGAAUGUAACGGUGCACGUGGCACCUGCCAUUAUUUUGCUAACAAAUUCAGCUUCUGGUUAACGACCAUUGAUCCUAAUGACCAAUUUUCACGCCCUGUGAGCACUACGCUGAAAGCUGGAGAUCUUAGAUCUCGUAUAAGUCGGUGCGCUGUCUGCUUAAAGAACACAAAUUAAAAUAUAGGUUUUGGAGAAGUUGGACUGUCACAAACUUAGUGGAUGCUCUUGUGCCUGAAAAAAGACUUGAGUUAAAAUUACGGGCACAGCACUGUGCGGGAAGUACACGCUGCUUGAGCACACUUUUCCAAAAGAAAAUUGCUGAUGUUAUUGCUUUAUUUCUGCUCAGUUGAUGGACGGUUUGAAAUAUUGGUUCAAAGCGUGCCCGAGAACUGCAUGAUAUCAAAAAUAGGAUGCUGGAGAUAAACUUAAUAUUUUUAGCUCAGUUUAUAUCAGCAUAUUUUCAAACUCAUUUAUAAAUCACUGAGAUUUUUCAAAUGUAUAUGUUAACUUUUGCAUUUAAAUUUUAUUUUUUAAAUGAAUUACUGUUGUGAGAAUUGAGGAAUGGAAUGAGAAAAAUUAUAUUGAUUCACGUUAUAUCAUAAUUAAAAAUGUGAAACUAUUUGUAGUAUUUUACAUUUUUAAUCUCUUUCACUACAAUAACAGUCGAAAGAAGAUUUGAGAACAAAGUUGUUUAACCUGCUGUGCAGCUAAUCCUGAUGUUGAAUUCAUUAUUCAGUAGAUAAUCCUUGUGUAAACUUAAAAAUAUUUGAUUUAUGAGUAAAGCUUGCUAUAGUGCAUAAAGCGAGAUUUUGCUCAUGCUUUAUGAAUCACAAAACGUUCAUAUUAAAAUUUUGAGCACUUUGAUUACUUUUGAAAUUUUUACACCGAAGCAGAUACAAAUUUAUGCAAAAUGAAAGAAUUCCGAGAAGUAAUGAAAUUACGAAAUGGUAUAUUCAGUUUAAUAAAUAAAUAUUUUUAAUCAAUAUUUACAAUAAUUGUAGAAUACAACUGAGUAAAUAUGGGUAUGAAAUUUCCGAUUUAGUAUGUUAAUUGCUCAAAAAAAUUCAGCUAUUGAAUAUUCUUAGCUUUUCUGCAUUUCAUCACAAAUGAAUUUUUUCACAGUACAGUGUAAAUUUAAAUUUUAUUGUUUCCUUGAACCACAAUAAUUUUCUUAUUUAGAAUGCUUUGCUAGGGCUACAAUUUUCACUGUAUGAUUUGUACUUAAACAUUUUUGUCCUUUUCUAAAAAGCUGAAAAUAUAACCAGCCCGAGAGCAUACAAUAUUUUUGUAUUUAAAAAAUGCUAGGGCUGUAUUUAAAAUAUUGUUUAUUUCGAUGAAGAAAAAUACAGUUUUUCCUCUUAUGUGUAUUGUCAUUCACGACCAUUAUUCAUCAACAAUUUUGAAUUUACUGUAAUCUUUUUUAUAUUAUUCUAUGAAAUGUGCUGUGCCAAUAAUUAUUAUGUUGUUGCCAUAUUAAAAUGAUAUUGUUCGUGUAAUUAUUUUUAAUAUCUUAACAUAGCUGCCAUAAAAAUAUUUUUUAUUUAAAUGUCAUGUUUUUAUGGAUGUGUUACUAUAAUUGCUACCAUAGUUUAAAUGAAGUAUACAUUUAUCAAAAAUUAAUUUAUAGCUUAUGUGUGUUGUUGCAAUAUGAGAAACUGUUAUGCAUUUUUUUAAGAAAUGCAUUGUAUUGAUAUGGCAUUUGCUUCGGAAGCAAUAAAUUAUUCUUUCUUUUUAUUUCUUGUAUUUGAGCUUCCAUUAUAAUUAUACAUUUUAAUAUGUACUUUAUUCCUCCCAAAUAAUCCAGAAUUAUGUACAAUGUCAGUUAUUCUUGCUCCUCAGACUUUUCUCAUUUGAAUUCAUUAACUUUAGUUAUGGAAUGCUUGAAAAUGCUGUGAAUCAUAUUAUUAUCUUUCAUAAAACUAGAUUUUUGCCUUUGGUUCCUGUAACUGUUUUAAUUGUUGUAUGUAGAAAUAUUUUAUUUAGUAAUAUGUAAUUUUUGUACAUAUAUAAAUUAUUUUUUCUACUAUAUAAUUGAAAAAAACGUGUGGACUACUAAAAUUAUUAAAUGAGAAAGUUCUGGUUGUGUAAUCAAAAUGUUAUUAUUUCUUGAGUGAUAUAUUAAUUUAAUUUUGUAAUAAAUAGUUAACGACGGAGAAAUUAUUCAAAGACCUUUUCUUAAAUGCUAACACUGCCAAGUAAUAAUUCCUAAUGAUAUUUUGAAGUUGAAGAGAAGAAGCUAACAAGUGCAUAUCACUGCCAUCUAUAAAUCCUAGUCUCAUCUUUUUACAUAUUUUUCUUUUCUUGUGUAAAUUAACUCUUUCUCCCCUUGAAUUGAUAUGCUGCUCAAUGUAAGCUUUCUGUGUUUCAAUAAAGAGGUAAAUUUGUUUUCGAAA